GUUGUUUUCAAGUUCCAUGCCAUUGCCAUAAGCGAUGUAAUUUUUGUUGCCAAAAUUCUCAAGCCUUUAUUGUUAUCCAUGCUGGCUUAUGUGGAAAGACUGACAUAAAUGACAACAGUAUUAUGGUAUAAAAGGUAUUUUCAGCUUAAAAAAGCAGGCAAACAGUGUUGCUAGCAUGGCACUUAAGGGCGUCCGUGUGGUAGAGCUGGCUGGUCUGGCGCCUGCCCCGUUCUGCGGCAUGGUACUCCGCGACUUCGGUGCAUCUAUCAUCCGGGUCGACAAGAUGGGUCAGCCAGAGAUGGACCGACUGGCGCGCGGAAAGCGGUCCGUGUCGGUGAACCUGAAGCACAAGGAGGGCGCCCAGGUGGUGCGCCGGCUUUGCCGCGGCGCUGACGUCCUGCUGGAGCCUUUCAGACCAGGUGUGAUGGAGCGGCUAGGUCUGGGGCCGACGCCGCUGACGGCCGACAACCCCGGCCUGGUGUACGCCCGACUGAGCGGCUACGGCCAGACGGGGCCGGCGGCCGGCUGGGCCGGGCAUGACAUCAACUACCUGGCCAUGUCCGGCGUGCUGUCGUCGCUGGCGGGGCCUGACCGUGCACCCCAGCCUCCGGUCAACAUCCUGGCCGACUUCGCCGGCGGCGGCCUCACCUGCGCCAUGGGUAUCAUGGCUGCCUUGCUCGAGAGGACCAGGUCGGGUCGGGGACAGGUCAUCGACUGCAGCAUGACGGAGGGUGCCGCUUACGUCAGCAGCUGGCUGUUCAAGUCCCGGGACCUGUUGCCGAUCUGGGGCGAGGAGCCCGGAUGUAACUGGCUCGACGGCGGCGCAUUCUGGUACGGCUGCCACCGCACGGCCGACGAUCGCCACAUGGCCGUCGGUGCGCUCGAGCCGCAGUUCUUCGCCCGCUUCGCCGACCUGCUCGGCCUGCCCGACCUGGAGCAGUUCCCGAUCGACAGCGCCGAGUCGCGCCGGCUCGUGGCCGCCGCCUUCGCCAGCCGCAGCCAGGCCGAGUGGACGGCCGUGUUUGCCGGACAGGAUGCGUGCGUGACGCCCGUGCUGACGGCCGACGAGGCGGCGGCGUCGGCGCAGGCGGCGGCGCGCGCCAGCUUCGUGCCCGGGCCGCGCGGGGGCGCCGAGCCGGCGCCGGCACCGCGCAUGUCGCGCACGCCGGCCGUGGGCGGCGGCGACGAGCCACGCCGGGGUCAGCACACGACCGAGCUGCUGCUGGAGGCCGGCUACGCCGCUGAAGAGGUGCGGCGCCUCAUCGAGGACGGCGCUGUGGAGCAGUGCGAGAGUCGGAGUCGGCUGUAGGCACGACGGGUCGCCGUCGUUGGUAGACUGUCUGGAGUUAGAGGGACCCAGGGUGGAUGGGUGGUUUGAGAGAGCGUGUCACGGCUCGGCUGGUGCUACGCUUGUGGGGAGCUUCCGCACUUCUAGGCAAAAACGUCGUUAAGCAUUAGCUGCGUUGUUUUAAGGGACAGUUGUCAUGGAUGUGACGACAGGCCUGGUCAUAGCUUGACCGUACCUUCUGCGUGGAUGAAUCGGGCAUCGGGCCAACAAUGUUGCCUGCAUUGUUCUCGUUAUCGACGCUCACAAUCUGUCGUAUCCCUGUGUUGGCAUGUUCACGUCGCUGACCUUUGGCGGCCAAUUGAAGACGCGUUUUGAAUCCGGAUAUUUCUCAUGACGCGCUGUGUGUGGAUGUGGUACCGCACGGUUUAUUGUACAACUCCAUACACCGCAUUAGGGGUACCUCCCGGUGAGGGACUCGUGGUAAGCUGACAAUACGUUUUUCUACGCGACAAAUUACGUUGGGCAUGUGAAAGUUGGACGUCGCCGUGAUGAUCGUCAGCAUGGGGAGCCGUCUACCGUGCGUCAACUGUCCAGCUGUCAGUGUCACUGGCGACGUCAUCAGCUGCUCAUGCCGCGAUGGCCCGUGCUGGGGCGGUGCAAGACAUGUGGGCAGUCAUUAAGUCAGCGAUAUUUUUACUUGAUGCUGGCAAGACUAGGCGUGCUCGAGAGUUCUGCAGUUACAAUGCAACAUUUGUAUCACUUCUCCGUUUAGUUCCCUCCUGUUCCUGCUUACUUGCUUUCGACGGACUUACACGCCUGUGUCGUAUAUACGCCUGUAUCUGGUGCCAAGUGAAUGCCAUACCUAUCAGUAAAUGCGGAUGUUGGACUUAAUUUGCAGGGUUGUUUAUAAAUAUAUAAUCA